AUGUCAUUGAUUGAAAAAUAUGAAUUAUUAAAAUAUGAAGGAUCAUCAACUGAUCGUCUCAACUAUAUAUUAUCUUUAGUUGACAAAAGAGAAAUCGAAAUAUAUUUAAAAAGUUUAUCUAUUAAAUCUUAUAAUGAUUUACAAAUGUUAAUAUUUCUAUCGAAAUCAACAAAAAAUCAAACAAAUCUUUUCGAAAUCUUUAAAAAUAAUUCAUUACCAAUUCGUCAACGUGCUGAUGCUGGAAAAGCAUGGCUUCGACUUCAACAUGAUGAAAAACAAGUUCAUCAAUUUGUAGUUGAAACAAUUACAGAUUCAACUAUUCCUCGAUUUAUAAAACAUCAAAUUCUUAAAUAUCUUCAUAAUAUUCAUUGUUUAAAAAUAUCUUCAUCAUUUUUCUAUGAUCUUGCUUGUCAUUUGACUAAAUUAUAUCAUCAUGAUGAAUUUAAUAUUGAUGCUCAUACAUUACCAUUCUGUUCAUCAAAUCAAAUAAUGAAACUUCUUUCACAAUGGUCAUUGACACGUUAUAGUCAAAUUCAUUUUUCAUCUUCAUUUCAUUCGAAAUUAAUUCGUUAUCAACCACUUAUUGUUAUUCAUUUAAUUAAAGGUGAUUUAAUAGAUAAAUAUACAAAUAAUGAUAUACUAUUAAAAUAUUAUCGAGAUAAUAAAGAAUUAUUUGAAUUAUUAGCAAGAAAAGAACCUAAAGCAAUGUGUCAUUUUGCAAUUGAACAUGUUCAUCGAUUAGAAAAACAUAAAAGACUUUUACCAGCAUAUAUUGUAUCCGAAGUAAAAAGAAUGUUUGAUAAAGCUCCAGAUGAAAUGAUUCAAUUAAUAACAUUAGUUGCUUCUCAUCAACCAGGUAUAAUUAAAUACGAAACAUCAUGGGAUUCUUCAGGCAUAGAACUUUCUACUUUUCUAUUUCCUCGUUCAUUUUCAAUAGAGAAUUCUAUUCGUCUCUUUUUUAUAUUAUAUGAUACAUGUAAUUGGUCUCUGAAUGAUACAAACCAUCUCGUUUCCUAUAUGUUAGGCAAUGAUGUAAUAUCACAUAAAAUGUCGGCUCUUCGUCAACAACGCAGAUGGUUUUUUGAUAUUGUCGUUGAAAAACGUAUUGGUAAAGAAGAGUUUCUAAGAAAAUUGUUAAGAAAUGCUACAGAAACUGAUUUGUAUAUGUUAAAUGAUUAUCCAGAAUUAAGAAAUCCAUUAACUCGAUAUUUAGUUGAACAAUUGGAUCAAUCUGAAUUAAUUAGUCCUGAACAACGUGCAUCUUUGCUUCGUUAUGAAUUUAUGAAUUCAGAAAUUUUCAAUCAAUUUUUAUCUCUUUUUCAACAAUAUGGUUCAGAUGCUAAUACAAGAAAACGAAUGUAUUCAUUGUUUCUUCAAUGUGCUGUUUCGACAGAUCAAAAUAGUGUAAAUAAUGUUCUUCAAUGGAUUAAAAAACGAUUUAUCAAUGAACAAUUGAGUGUUAUUGAAUAUUUUCUACGAAAUUUAUCUCAAUAUAAUGAUCAAUUCCAUUUAGAAUAUUUGCCAGAUAAUUUUAAUACAAUUGAGGAAAUUAUGGAUAUUGCUUUUAAUCAUUUACAAAAAACACCAACUACAGUAGAAACUAUACUUGCAUAUGGAUUUUUAUUGUUAGUUCAAGCAGAACAUGAUCAAAAUAAAGAAAAACAGAAGAAAAUACAAGAAUUUGCUAGCAAGAUUAUUAAACGAUAUUAUUCAGUGAAUGGUAAUUUUCCCUAUGAUAAUGUAUUAUUAUCUCGAUCAUUACCAAUGGCACGUAAUAUUUUUGCAAAUAUUUUAAUAUCAGAUAUAUUUCCGAAAUUAAUUUCAAAAUGUUUGAUAACCGAAAUAAAUAAUUUAUUAAUGAAAUGUUUCAAAGAUGUUUGGCGUUUAACACAAAUUGAUUCUUUUCUUUAUUCAUUUUUUUUUGAACAUUUACGUUAUUCAAAACAACUUCAAUUGGCAUUUAAUAUUAAUGAACAUUGUUUUUUAAUUUCAUUAUUUCUUAAACCAAAAUCAACUCGAUUAGAACGUAUUCAUCAUUUAUUAAAUGAUAUUGAUCAAAUAUUUUUCUAUCAUAUUGAUAUUCAACGUACUGUUUUAUAUUCUCAACAAUAUCGACAAUUAAUCGAUAAACUUCUAGAAGAUGAAAAAUGUAUUGAUAUCAAUAAACUUUCAAAAGAACAAACUAAUUUAAAUUCAAAUAUAGAAAAUAAAAAAUUACCCGGAUUAAAUAUACAUAUAUUGAAUAAUUAUUAUUAUCAAUUAACAGGACAACAACAAGAACAUAUAACAAAAAUUAUAUUAAAUGAUUAUCUUCAGGAUACAGAUGUAUCUAAUCUUGAAAAAUUGAAAGCAUUACAUAUUCUUAGUCGUUUAACUUAUACAUAUCAUUAUACACUUGAAUGGAUUGAGAAAAAUCAAAAUAUUUUUUCGUCGAUAACAAAUGAUACUUCUUCAAGUAAUAAUUCUGGUCGUGGUGCAAAUAUUCAAGUACUUCAUCAUUAUAUUUUAUCUUUACCAGCUACUUUUGAUUUAUUUCCACAAGAUUUAUAUAAACAAUUCGAUCGACUCAAAGAGAAAUUGAAUGCAUCGAAUGCUACAUAUGUUAGAAAUGCUAUGUUAAGUAUUUCACAAAAAGUGACUGAUCAAUAUUUUUUACAACAUUUUAUCGAAUUUAUUCAUAGUGAACAUCUUUCAAAAUUAGGUAUUACGGCCAACAAAGCAAUGCUACGUUUAUUAGUUGAAUAUCGUUUUAAUUCAAUGUUGAUAACAUCAGUUUUAAAACCUUUAUGGGAUAGUCGACCUCAUCCAAAUAUUCGUACUUGUCUUAUCAAAGUUCUACUUGAUUUUAUUCAUGAAUCGAAUAUAAAGGAUGAUACAUCAAUAGUUUGGUCAAUUCUUGAACAAGCUGCAUAUGAUGACUAUGAUCCAGUAGUAUUAGCUCUAUUUGGUGCAAAUGAUAAAGGAAUUCGUCGACCAUCAAUUGGAUUAAAAGAUUCAUCUACUAAACUUCUUCAAAUUUUUGUUCAACGAAUUCAAAUGAAAAUUAUUGAUCAUCCAACAUCAUUAUCAGCACGUAUAUGGGCUUGGACUCUACUUGAUAGUGAAUAUUGUAAUAUUAGCAUAGUCAUAGAAAAAGCUAGACAAUUAUGUAUUCAAUUUGAUAAAAAUGCUAAUAUAUUAUGGAAGAAAGCUUUUGAAAAAAUAUUAGAAUUUUAUAAAUUAAAGAAAAUAUCAUCCAAUGAUAUUAUUAAUUUUAUUCAAUUCAUGAUCGAUUACGAAAAAAAGUUAGAUUUAGAUCAAAAUAAUCUUGAUGAUCAAAGUGAUUUACUAAUUUAUCGUCGUAUUAACGAACUUUUAGAUAUUUUUAUUUCUUCACUCGGUGAGACUGAUCAACAACAACGACAAUAUUUUCAUUCUUUGGCUCUAUCCAUUCUUAAAUGUCAAGUAACAAGAGCUCAUUUAGCUGGAAGAUUAUUAAUGAUAUUGGCUCAAAACAAAGAAGAUCUCGAAGAAAUACUAAUUAUUUUUCAACAAUACCUAUCUCCUGUCUAUUUUGAAUAUAUACUUGUUAAAUUAGCAUCAUAUCUCGGUGAUAAUAAUGGGUCUUGUCCUUUCGUACAACAAUUGAGUAUUGAUGAAAAAUUUCAUCUAGCUCUAUGGUUUAUCAAUGAAAAAGAUCAACCAUUGUUCGUUUUUGAUUUAUUGAAAAAUCAAGUAUUUAAUAAAGCAAGUGUUGAUAAACAACAAUGUCAAGUUCUUCUUCGUCAAAUGAGACAAAGUUCGAAUUUAAUAUUACGUCAGCAAGUACUUGAAUAUGCAAUACCUUGGAGACCAGAUGGAACUCUUUAUGCUGAUGACACUUAA